UUUUCGUCUUACACUUGAGGGUUAUCUCAAACAAGCAUUUAUUGAUCAACAACUAUCGGCGAUCAUAGCUUAUCUACGUCCGGGUAUUAAUGCUGUUCAAUUAACUUCUUCAAAUUCACAACGAUCUGGAAAUACGACAAAAAUUCAAAUUGAAUUAACAAUUCGAAUUGAACAAAUGAAUAAUAAUAAUAAUAAUACAAAUGAAGAAAGAUCAAAAUCAAAACAAAAAUCAAUUGAACAAAUUAAUGAACAAUGUUUUAUUGAAUUAAAAAAAGAAUUGAAAAAAAAUUUUGGUAUUUCUUCUUAUUCAAAUGUCAUUUCAGAACAAAAAAUUAAAGAAUUAGUUAAAUUAAUGCCAUAA